GAGGGAGUGAAGACAGAGAAUGACCAUAUCAACCUGAAAGUUGCGGGGCAGGAUGGCUCAGUGGUACAGUUCAAGAUCAAGAGGCACACCCCACUGAGCAAGCUGAUGAAGGCCUACUGUGAGAGGCAGGGCUUGUCAAUGAGGCAGAUUCGAUUCCGGUUUGAUGGACAACCAAUCAACGAAACAGACACUCCAGCCCAGCUGGAGAUGGAGGACGAGGACACCAUUGACGUAUUCCAGCAGCAGACAGGAGGAACAGCUUCCCGAGGGACCAUCCCCACACCCAACCAUUGUCCUGACAUUUGCUAUUGAAUGGUGAACAUGCAGCCACGCCCACCACUCACAGAAGAGUCAGCAGAAGCCAGAGUCACUGAAGGAGUCUCCUUUUCCGAUGGGCUUGGAGUGAAGACAGACCAUAAUGCAGGGAUGAGAGUAUUAGGGAACUUGGCCAACAAAAGUGUUUGCUUAUGGGAAAUGAGAUGUGAGCUCUUGGGAUUUGUUUUUGUUUUCAUUUCUGUUUCCUCCCAUCCCUAAAAUAUUUUUCCCCCAAAGCUUGGGGCUGGAUGUAGACUCCUGGCCUAUGUCCCCACUCUAACCCCCAAAACUGUAGUUACCUCUGGUUUGACUUGUCCUAAUCAAGUAGAGCUUGUGGUCACAUUACUCAGUGGGCAUGCCUACGGAUGUUGAGAGAGAGGAGAGGAACAGAAUUCCACCUAUUUGUUGUGGGCAUCGAUUGUUAAAAUGUGAAAUACUGUAAAUUUGAGCUUUGUCAAAGAUAUGGUAAAGUUAAAGGGAGAAGACCAAUGCUUUUUAAAGAUGAAAGGAGUCCUUAGUCCUUGACCCAGCCACUCCUGCACGUGCCCCUUUGUACUUGGUACCUGGUCAUGCAUACAUGGGAAGGCUGGUACAGUGAGACCCACUCUCUUCCCUCCAUAUAAUGUAGAAGAAAGUAAUUGCCAUGUCUCAUUUGGAAACUGAAUGUGGCCUCAGAUAUUUUCUAGUACUUGGUUCCGAUACACAAUUAUGGUUUCUGUAUAAGAAGGUAAUUGGUUAAGUAUCAAGUUUACAGUGACGUUGUGGAAAAGACCUGCUUUAAAGUGUGGUUGCAAAAGAAAGCCAGGGAAAGGUGACCUCAUUCUCAUGGAUUAUGCUCUGCCGCUUUCCACAUGUGUAUUAAAGUGAUGCACCAGUGGGUGACAUUGGUCCUGCAUCGUGGGGUCUGUACCAGUUAAAUGUUCGUAGUUCUGCCUGUCAUCCUUCUGUAAGGAUUCAUUGCUGCUUGGUGGCCAUCUCUGCCUUUUAUAGUCACCCGACACUGACCUACCGUCUCUCGCUUGCUUAAAAUCCUGAGGAAAAUGUUCUUGUUUCCUGUUUUGCUGCGUGGGCUUGGGUGGGAUGUCUGUUGGCUCUGUUGUGUUUAUUCACCAGUUUGUACAUUAUUUGUUGUCCUUUACUACUGUAAACAGUAAAUAUAGUUUGGUAUUCUGUC